AUGAGGACUAUGACACCGAAAUGCAAAAGACAUUCCUCGAUGAUUUUAAAGUCUUGUAAGCUCCAUAAAUUCGUAUUGGCAUAUACUCGAGGAGCUAAUAAUAGCGGAGCGGGAGGUCUAGGCUGCGAAAUCCUGAAAAAUCUCGCCCUCUCUGGCUUUAAAGAUAUUCAUGUAAUAGACAUGGACACGAUCGAUGUCUCGAACCUUAACCGACAAUUUCUCUUUCGAGCCUCCGAUGUCGGAAAACCGAAAGCUACGGUGGCAGCCUCGUUCGUAAUGUCCCGUGUCAAGGACGUCACCAUAACCCCAUACUACGGUGCAAUUCAGGAUAAGGAUCAGGAAUACUACAUGCAGUUUAAGCUCGUUAUCUGCGGUCUCGACAGUGUUGAAGCAAGGAGAUGGAUUAAUGCUACCUUGGUCGAUAUGGUGGAUAUCGAUAACCCGGAAAGUUUGAAGCCACUAAUUGAUGGUGGGACGGAAGGCUUCAAGGGGCAGUCCAGGGUUAUUCUUCCCACGCUCACGAGCUGCUAUGAGUGCUCUUUGGAUAUGCUCACGCCACAGACCGCCGUACCCCUCUGCACGCUUGCUACAAUUCCCCGGCAGCCGGCACAUUGUGUUGAGUGGGCGAGUAUUCUGGAGUGGCCAAGAGUGUUUGAAGAUAAGAAGUUGGAUAAUGAUGAUCCGGAGCAUGUCCAGUGGAUCUACGAGCAGGCAUUGCAUAGAGCCCAGGAGUUCAAUAUUUCCGGCGUCACGUAUUCCCUAACCCAGGGCGUAAUCAAAAAUAUCAUCCCGGCUAUCGCUUCGACAAACGCCAUCAUCGCCGCUUCUUGUUGCAAUGAAGCUCUCAAGAUCGCGACAGGGGCCAAUCCAUAUCUUAACAACUAUAUGAUGUAUAUCGGCAAUGAGGGUGUCUACACUCAUACCUUUGAGCACGAGAAAAAGGACGAUUGUCCGGUUUGUGGAAACUUGGCGACUGAUUUCGCGGUUGAUCCCGAGUGGACACUUGAAGAGUUCAUCGAUAGACUUAAGGAGCAGCCGGAAGUUCAAAUCAAGAAACCGACCUUGGUCACCGAGCGACGGAGGCUAUAUUACCAGGGACCACCACAGUUGAAUGAGCAGACGAGGCCAAAUCUUGAGAAGAAAAUGAGGGAUCUUGUGGACAACAGAGAGGAGAUAGCAAUUACCGACCCUGGGCUACCGUUUAGCUUGCGAUUGAAUGUUAUUUUCUCGUAG